AUGGGUUCUCGGGCAGAAUAUACAGAAAGAGAGAUACAGCGAGUCUUAGACGAAAAUGAUUUUAGUGACCGAAGUGAUGAAUUAUAUUUAUCAAGUUAUCAACCUGAGGAGUAUGAGGAAACUGAAGAAGAGGAGAAUGAAGACACUGUAAGUGAUAUUGAAAGAGAAGUAUUGAGAAUAAUAUCACAUAGGUGUCGAGAACAAUCAUCGAAGCCGAGCGUGAAGUACCUCCAAAGUGAAAAUAAAAGUUUUUAUGUAUUUUCUCAUUCAUGUUCAUAUGUGUAA